GAUGCUGGGGUUGCCCAGAUUAGCGCCGAGCGCGCAGCGCAGCUUUUAAAGGCGGAGGGCGGGGCCUGCGGAGCGGCGGCGGCACUAGAGGUUCGAGCGCGUGCGGUGCUGCCCUCGCCGGGACCCACAGCAGGUAGCCAAAAUGGCUGAAAAUGGAGAGGGUGAAAAUAUGUCUAACCUGGAAAACAAAAUCUGUCAGCAAAUUGAGUACUAUUUUGGUGAUCACAAUCUACCAAGAGACAAGUUCCUAAAGGAGCAGGUCAAACUGGAUGAUGGCUGGGUGCCUUUAGAAAUAAUGAUCAAAUUUAACAGGUUAAGCAGUCUCUCAAAAGACUUCAAUGUUAUAGUAGAAGCACUGAGAAAAUCUAAAGCUGGACUUAUGGAAAUAAGUGAAGACAAAACUAAAAUCAGAAGAUCUCCAAGUAAACCCCUCCCUGACGUGAAUGAUCAGUAUAAAAUUGCAAUUAAAAACAGAUCUGUAUAUAUUAAAGGCUUUCCAACAGAUGCAACACUUGAUGAUAUCAAAGAAUGGCUAGAAGGUAAAGGCUCAGUAGAAAACAUUCAAAUGAGGAGAACACUGAGUAAAACAUUCAAGGGAUCAAUUUUUGCAGUAUUUGAUAGUGUUGAAUCUGCUAAGAAGUUCACAGAGAUACCAAACCAAAAGUACAAAGACACAGAGCUGAUUGUGCUUUUCAAGGAGGAGUACUUUGCAAAGAAGAAUGAAGAGAGGAAACAAAACAAAGUAGAGGCUAAAGCAAAGGCAAAACAGGAGAAAGAAGAAAAACAGAAGCAAGCCGAAGAUGCUGAAAUGAAAUCACUGGAUGAAAAGACAGGAUGCUUGCUGAAAUUCUCUGGUGACCUAGAAGAUCAGACUUGCAGAGAAGAUCUUCAUGCAGUUUUCUCUGACCAUGGAGAAAUUAAAUGGAUAGACUUUGUCAGAGGGGCAAAAGAGGGGAUUAUCCUAUUUAAGGAUAAUGCAAAAGAAGCACUGGAUAAAGCCAAAGAAGCAAAUAAUGGGAACUUACAGUUGCGCAACAAAGAUGUCAUAUGGGAGGUGCUGGAAGGAGAUGCAGAGAAAGAAGCAUUGAAAAAAAUCAUGGAGGGUCAGCAAGAAUCAUUAAACAAAUGGAAAGCAAAAGGUCGCAAAUUUAAAGGUAAAGGAAGAGGUGGCAAAGUACCCCAGGGCUCGCAGAACAAAGGGAAAGUACAGUUCCAAGGCAAGAAAACAAAAUUUGAGAGUGAGGAUGAAGAGGGUGAAGAGAACACUAAAACAGGGCCAGCAAGUCCCAAGAAAAGACCACUAGAAGAGACUGAAAAAGAAGAACCUGCAUCAAAACAGCUGAAAACAGAAAAUGGAGCUGGAGAUCAGUAA